UGAAGCAGAGAGCAGGAGAAGCCCUGGCAGCACAGCCAAUGCAGAGUUACUGAGGGGUUAAAGAGAGAUCUGCUGAAACCUACUGACACCUUGUCCAAAAGGUUUAGUGAGGUCAUGGGACUUUGGGUGUUUUUCUUUUGUGCUGGUGAUAGCAGUGUUGUGAUUCAGUCAGUAUCACACUAAGAGAGCACAGUGUACUGCAAAGGGCUCUAAAGAACCAAACCACCUAUUGCUCCACAUUUUAUUGUCAUGUCAAACAGGAGACUUCACCAGGUAAUGUUUGAGAGUGGACUUUGCCCUCUAUUUAUAGUAUGAUUUCAUCUCUCUGAGUGAAGGUAAACACCAGGAGAAGCAGAACAGCAGCAUAGCUACAGCACUCCACCUGGAGCUGGGAUGUCUUUAAGAUUUUCAUGGCAAAGUUUCUAAAUGUAUGAAAGUGUUUGCCUGUUUGUGUGUGUGUGUCUUAUGCAAACUACUUCUUUCAGCACUGUGCAGUACAACCCCCCUUGUCUCACCUUAAAGCUCUGUACAAGAGGUUUACUCAUCUGUAAAAUGAACAUGGCAAAGCUUAUCUUCCAGCUCAUGCCAAGGACUGUGCUGUGUUUACAUUUGUACAUGCUGGAAGAAAAUUGCCUCGAAGGUACAAUAUAAUAAAAGCUUUCUUCUGUAUGUGGUAUGAUGGAUGCCGGAACAAAAAAGGAUUGACAAGCAUGAGGAUUCAGGCUCACUUUUCUUGCUGUCAGCUGCCACGACAGACAUACCCUCUCCAUCGAAAGAAGGCUGUGAAGGCUGCUCUCUUCUGCUGCCAGAGGUUGCUUCUACUUUAGGAUAAUGGCAGGAAAAGUGAAGUGGGUAACUGACAUAGAAAAAUCUGUUUUAAUAAACAACUUUGAAAAAAGAGGAUGGAUUCAGGUGGCAGAAAAUGAAGACUGGAAUUUUUAUUGGAUGAGCGUCCAAACAAUCAGAAAUGUGUUCAGUGUGGAAACCGGUUACCGCCUCUCUGAUGACCAAAUUGUCAAUCAUUUCCCAAACCACUAUGAGCUGACCAGAAAAGAUUUGAUGGUAAAGAAUAUCAAGAGAUACAGAAAAGAACUUGAGAAAGAAGGAAGUCCUCUUGCAGAAAAGGAUGAAAAUGGGAAAUACAUUUAUUUGGAUUUUGUUCCUGUGACUUUUAUGCUUCCUGCCGAUUAUAAUCUCUUCGUUGAAGAAUUCAGAAAGAAUCCCUCCAGCACAUGGAUUAUGAAACCUUGUGGCAAAGCUCAAGGAAAAGGAAUAUUUCUAAUCAAUAAACUCUCUCAAAUAAAAAAAUGGUCUCGAGACAGCAAAACAUCUUCGUUUGUGUCUCAGUCUUCCAAAGAAGCCUAUGUAAUUUCCCUCUACAUCAACAAUCCCUUACUAAUUGGUGGAAAGAAAUUUGAUCUUCGUCUCUAUGUUUUAGUGUCUACCUACCGUCCACUGAGAUGUUACAUGUACAAGCUUGGAUUUUGCCGGUUUUGCACAGUGAAAUACACACCAAGUACAAGUGAACUGGAUAACAUGUUUGUACAUCUUACAAACGUUGCCAUUCAAAAACAUGGGGAUGAUUACAACCAUAUCCAUGGAGGCAAGUGGACAGUGAGUAACUUACGCCUGUAUCUGGAGAGCACCCGAGGAAAGGAAGUCACCAACAAAUUAUUUGAUGAAAUUCACUGGAUAAUUGUGCAGUCUCUGAAGGCUGUUGCGCCUGUGAUGAAUAAUGAUAAACACUGCUUUGAGUGUUAUGGAUAUGACAUUAUCAUUGAUGACAGACUUAAACCCUGGCUAAUUGAGGUUAAUGCUUCCCCUUCUCUUACUUCCAGCACCGCCAAUGAUCGCAUCUUGAAGUAUAAUCUUAUUAAUGACACACUUAACAUUGCUGUGCCUAACGGGGAAAUUCCUGACUGCAAAUGGAAUAAAUCUCCACCAAAAGAGGUUCUGGGCAAUUAUGAAGUCUUAUACGACGAAGAGAUGGCGCAGAGCGAUGGCACCGAUCGCGACCUGCGGGGCCGUCCUGGGCAGUCCACGGGGGCCAAAGGAAGCCGGGCAAGAGAUUCAGGAAAGCCUGUCCUGACCACCUGGAAGUGAUGACAGAAAAAACAGCUGCACUCUUGGUAGGAAGACAUCAAGAAUAGCUUGAAGUUUUGGAACAGAUUCCUGUGUUUUGCUACAUUGCAUGUAGGAAAUACUAACAGAGACAAAACAGCCUUUGAAAAGUGAAACAAACACUCGAAACCCAGGAACUGUACUAGACAUAUACUGACCUGGUAAUUAUUACAACAAUACAUAUGGAGUGUGUGUGUAUAUACGAUUAUGUUUAUAUAAUUUGUAUAAGCUAAUGCUCAGUAAUGAUCAAGAACUUUAUUUAUAAAGAUGGCAACUCAAAAUGUGUAUUCUGAAAGAAACUCCUUGCUGUUUACGUUAGUAUUUAUUUCCUCUAGUAGCCUAUCCCUUCCUGUCUAUAAUAAAUGAGCUGUGGAUUCUAUAAAAGGAUGAUGGUGGUAAGUAUUAAUAUUUUCCCAGUGGUGGUUCAGAUUCUUGUAGUAAAAGAAGGGCAGCUAGAAAAAAUCAGCAGUACAUGUACAUGAGGCUAUUGCCAGUUAAUGCAGCUAUUGAUUUAUAACCAGUAUUAACAAAUUGAAAAGCAAGUCUUUAUAUACUGAGGGUUGGGGGUUUUUGUUUCCUUUAAGUAUUCUGAGCUGCUAACUCUUUAAAGAAGUUUUAUGGGAAGUCUUUAGGAAGUUUUAUGGACUGAGGGAGUGUUUCAAUGGUAUAUUGAUGGAGUGUUUCACUAGCCAUUAAUUUUUAUUUUGAGAUAGUGCGUGCCUGUGGAAGACAGACAGGACAACCAGAUACUGUGAUAAAAUUCAUUGCUAGAAGUUGAUGAUAAAUAUUUAUUUGCACCAGAAUCUCCCCUUGUAUUUAUGCAUGUAUAUAAGUCAAAUAUCUGUAUUUUUUGUAUAUUUUAUUUAACAAAAAUAUUGUUGCACAUGGCAAGCUGUUUCUGGUUGCUGUGAUAAGAACAGUUGUGAUGAUUAGCUACCAAAACUAAGAUGCAAAACUUAACUACCAAAACUAAGGAGCAAAAGAUAAAAAUGGGUAUUUCAGUCUUCGAACAGCAAAGCAUAUAAAUAAACUAGUGGGGUCUGUGAU